UACCGUAACUGUACGGCCACACCAAAUGAGAGCUUUUGUCUGCCUGCUGUUAUUUGGGGAUAAAAUCGACCGUGUUUGGUCUUCGAACCGAGAGCUCUAAGCGGAACAGACGUGGGGAAGAUAUCUACACACCUGUACGGUGGUUUAAGCAUAGGGAGUUUAACUUUCUACAUGAGUGACUUUGCAAUGUAGCUUGAUGGCCAUCCUACUGGCAACACAACAUUUGAGCACAAAAACACUGACGGAUGUUUCAUAUCGCCUCCCUUCAUUAAGCCUGUCCUACUUACGGAUACUUCAUUGACAGAAAGCCAACACGGCUGUCCUAUUUUGAUGAGACGAUACGCUGUCGUCUGCUCUUUCAACUGUCGUCUGCUUGUGCUGAGGGCUAAUCAGUAAAAUCUUACCAGUUUCACUGGCACGUGAAUAGUUCAGUGAAACCGGCGAAGGGUGGAAGGCUUUAGUUCAACCUUCACCUUAAUUUCAUAAACACGUUUGGAAUACAUAACAUCUGAUAGUCGUCAACAGAUCUGAUGUUUACAGUCUGUUAAUUCGUCUGUCGUUUGUUGUCGUCUGACUGAAGAGCCACAAUGAGCAGUCGCUCCAAAACGUCCUCUAAGAGGAAUGGCGUUAAUGGUAACGGACACUCGGAUGACCCUAAAGCACAGUGGAGUACCCAGGCUUACUCUCUGGAGGAUCUAACAGAACGGUUCACGCUUCCCCAGGUUGUGAGAUGUACAUCAACUCUUCUGACCACCAAGGACAAACCGCUCCCUGUCAAUCUGACACAGCCAAUGCUGCUGUUCGAAACCCGAUCAGCGCGGAAACUCUUGGCGAGAAAUGUUAUGUACGAUCCCCGAAUCAGAAAGUACAACGAAACAGAUGAAACUAUUGUGAUUCCAUCAGAUUAUGAAGGACGGUUCGUCAGAUUAAAGUCUCGUACGGCCAAGGACCAUACAGUCCAUCGCUCCAUCGAGUCCCUCGUCGCUUGUCGAGUUCCAGCCUUCCUCAACCUCACAAACAUCACAGCGUUCCACUUGUCAGCACCUAACAGAAACACCAGCGACUACCCCCGAGUGGAGUACACACCUGGAAACAUCUUCAUCAUCGACAAGGUCAUCAUGGGAGCCACCAAAGUCAAACCAGAUCCCAAGGUCAUCCGUGCCAAAAAUUCCUUGCAUGUCCAAGAGCUGCAUUAUCUGAAGUGUCGAGAUGAGCGGGAGAAUGACGUCAUCAUUGCUAUCAAUCAUCCGGGUGAAUUUACUGAGAUUCUACCGAAUCCUUUCAUGGAUGGGAAACUUUCUCUAAGAUCGGCAGACAUCAUCACCAGCCAGAAGUUCCCGAUGGUGGUCAGAUAUGUGUACGGAGGAAACAAACCGAGGCUCACUCAGUUUUCAGGGCUGUUCACUCUACUGGACUCGUUCGAGGAGAGAACCGUCGUGGCAUGCGUACUGAACGCUUCCGGUUUCACAUUGAUCGAGAUUCCGCUCUCGUCGCCUCUUUCGUUCCAGCUUGCUCUCAACAGCCAUGACCUGUUCCCCAUCACUCUGAUGAAGAGUGCAAUGCGGCUGUGUGAAAAGAAGGCUCCAGUGUUCAAUAGAGACAUAAAGUUUAAAUUCAAAUUUGCGCAGCAGAUCCAGGAGAUCGGCGAACACAUGCUGGACAAGUCUAUCUCAGGGGAGAGCGUGGCCCUGGUGCCGCCAAGUCCCAGAGACGCUGCAAAACUUGGCAUCACACAGACCUAUUUCUAUUUAUAGAAGGCUUGUAGACAUACCAUCGGGAUUGGUGUAUUCGUUUGUAACUUUACUACCCAGUUGGUUCAUAUGGCCAUGUUAUAUCCUGGAGAAAGAGGAAUGUGAUUCAGAAAAACAAAUUGGCCAAAGUUGGCAGUGAAAUGUUGCUAAAAAAAAGAGACAACGUAACGAAUAUACACAAAGAACUUAAUUAAGCACCACCUGUAUUUUUGCAGUGAGUAGG